GCUGUGCGGGUGGGCGGAGGGUUCUGAGUUAUUCCGCUGCUCCUCCUCCAGGCUGACAGUCAGCAGACGGCCCGGCUGCACGCUGUCACCCACCUAGCGUAUCUACCUCCACAUACACAGCCAGGUUAUCCAGGGCAAUCAUGUCAAAAGACACGGAAGCAAUGAGCGAGAAUAUUCUGGAGUCCAAGGUAUUGUGGUAUCCGGACACUAAGAAGAACACUCACAUGGACAGAUUUAGGACGCAGGUGAACCGAGACUUCGGGCUUAAUCUUGCCAGCUAUAAGGAGAUGUACCAGUGGUCUGUGGAUAGCUACGCAGACUUCUGGGCUCAGGUGUGGAGCUUCUGUGGUGUCACCUGCUCCCGGAUGUACGAGGAGGUGGUGGAUGUGUCUAAGAGGGUAUCUGACGUGCCGGAGUGGUUCAGAGGCUCUCGUUUGAACUACGCAGAAAACCUGCUUAAACACAAGGACCAGGACAAGGUGGCUCUCUAUGCUGCCACGGAGGCCAACGAGGAGAUCGUCAAGGUGACGUUUGGGGAGCUGAGGCGCGACGUGGCCGUGUUCGCCGCCGCCAUGAGGAAGAUGGGCGUGCAGACAGGCGACAGGGUCGUGGGCUACCUCCCUAACGGCGUGCACGCUGUGGAGGCCAUGCUGGCAGCCUCCUCUAUCGGCGCUGUCUGGAGCUCCACCUCCGUCGACUUCGGGGUCAACGGAGUGCUGGACAGGUUCUCCCAGAUCCAACCCAAGCUCAUCUUCUCGGUCAAUGCUGUGGUCUACAACGGCAAGACCCACGACCACAUGGAGAAGCUGCAGAGGGUGGUCAAAGGGCUGCCGGACAUUGAGAGGGUGGUGGUGAUCCCCUACGCCAGACAGAGACAUGAAACCGACAUCUCCAAGAUCCCACACAGUGUGUUCCUGGAGGACUUCCUGUCCCAGGGCUGUGAAGGAGGCCAGACUCCCCAGCUAGAGUUUGAGCAGCUGCCCUUCUCCCACCCUCUGUUCAUCAUGUACUCCUCUGGGACCACGGGGGGAUGCUAG